AUGCACACCAUUCCCACAGUCGGCCCAAGUUUUCCCCUCUUGUCAUACAUCGGAGCAUACAGGUUUUUGCGGGAUGCCCAAGGGAUGAUGGAGGAGGGAUACAGCAAGUAUAAAGUGUUCAAAGUCGCUCAGUGGGAUCAAUGGCUCGUGAUAGUCAGUGGCGCCACGAUGAACAGAGAAUUGAGCCGGCUUCCUGACAACGUCAUGUCUGCACAUGAAGCCGGGGUCGAUCUGAUACAAGCCCGCUACACCAUUGGGAAGGAGAUUUUCGAACGUGCCAUAGAAAUUAUGGCAAUUCGUGGGCCGCUUACACAUAAAGUGGGCGCGAUGAUACCGGAGAUGAUGGAUGAGGCGAUUGCAUCGUUCGGGGAGUUGAUCCCUGUGAAGGACAAUGAAUGGCUCGAGGUCACCGCUUCGCCUACAAUAACUCGGAUCAUAGCACGUGCCAGCAACCGUCUUUUCGUCGGUCUUCCUGUCUGCCGAGAACCAGAAUACCUCGACACUCUGGCCGGUUUCUCCGUUGGGGUUGUGACAGGGAAAUUCGUCAUGGACCUAUUCCCAAAGUUCCUGAAGCCAUAUGUUGGAUCCGUGCUGCCAUGGACACCGAGGGCCAAGCGUCGCAUCGCAAAGUACCUUACGGGCAUCAUUGAGGAACGUCAGGAGGGUCUGAGGCAGUACGGACCCGAUUGGGCUGACAAACCCAACGACACUUUGAUGUUCCUAAUCGAGGAAGCAAACAAAAUAGGCCACUCUGUCGAUCUAGUGAUCCAAGGGGUAUUAUCCAUGAACUUUGCUGCACUACACACCACUAGCAUGAGCGUUACUCAUGCGCUGUACUAUCUGGCCUCUAAUCCAGAAAUCAUGCAGCCCCUGCGUGAAGAGAUUGAGCCUAUUGUGAAAGCUGAAGGCUGGAACAGACAAGCGCUGCACAAGAUGUGGAAACUAGACAGCUUCAUCAAAGAGUCGCAAAGGAUGGAUAACCCAGUUGCAUUGUCUAUCUUCCGCAAGACAGUGCAGGACGUCACCUUCUCCGAUGGGACACACGUUCCUAAGGGCGUUCUUGUCUUUGCCACAGCAUCAGCUACACAUCGCGAUAAAGAGGUAUACGAAAACGCGGGAGCCUUCCGGCCUUUCCGCUUUGCAGAUAUGCGUGCUAGCGGCGAGGGAGAGAACGUCAAGCACCAGCUCGUCGCCAUUUCGCCCGAGUACAUCGCCUUCGGGCAUGGAAAACAUGCCUGUCCCGGACGCUUUUUCGCUUCCGCAGUCAUGAAGAUCACCCUGGCGUGGAUAAUGCUCAAUUACGAUGUCAAGAUGGCAGGCGAUGCUGGCCGUCCUCGGAAUUUCGCCAUCGGUUCUGCUAAUAUGCCUGCCCGCAAUGCCAAGGUCUUGUUUAGAAAACGCCAGUACGACCAGGUGUGA